GUUGAAGUUUCUAAAUUUGAUGCUCUUGAAGAGACUCAUGCAGAACUGAAGCUGAAGGACAUGCUGUGGAAUGCCAUCGAUGAGUGGGAAUCCUUUAUGAAUGAAUGGAUGACGGCUCCCUUUGAGACACUAGACCCAGAACAAAUGAGCAAUACAACCCUGAAGUACGCCAAGAAUGUCUUGCAGCUCGAGAAGGGGCUGCCACCAAACGGAGUUGUUCCAAUUCUUAAGGAAAAGGUUGAGUUCAUCAGAGAAAAGAUGCAGACCAUCACAGAUUUGCGAAACCCCUGCCUCAAGCCCCGACACUGGGAAAUGAUUGAGGCAACUAUUGAACACCACUUCACAGAGGAAGACCCCAUGACCCUGGGUAAGCUGGUGGAGAUUCAGGCUUUCAAACAUGCAGAGAGGCUACAGGAGAUCUCUGGUCAAGCUUCUAGUGAGGCGUCUCUGGAAUCCAUCUUAAAGAAGGUCACCGACUCCUGGAAGUCUACAGAGUUCAUUGUCAUCAACCACAAAGAUUCCAAAGAUGUCUACGUCCUGGGCAACACAGAUGAUAUCCAGCAGUUGCUAGAUGACAGCAACAUCAACAUUGCCACCAUAGCUUCCUCUCGCCAUGUCGGCCCCAUCAAGCAUCAGGUGGAUGAGUGGCAGCGAGAUCUGGAUCUCUUUGGCAGAACCCUGGAUGAGUGGUUGAACUGCCAGAGGUCAUGGAUGUACUUAGAGUCCAUUUUCUCAGCCCCAGACAUCCAGAGACAACUACCUUCAGAGGCCAAGAUGUUCAUGCAGGUGGAUAAGUCCUAUAAAGACAUCAUGAGGAAGGUCAACAAGAUUCCACUUGCUGUCCGAGCUGCCACACAGCCAGGUCUUCUAGAAACCUUUCAGAACAACAAUGGUUUGCUGGAUCAGAUUAUGAAAUGUCUUGAGGCAUAUCUAGAAUCUAAAAGAGUCAUUUUUCCUAGAUUCUACUUUCUAUCUAACGAUGAGUUGCUGGAGAUCCUGGCCCAGACCAGGAACCCGCUAGCUGUGCAGCCACAUCUGAGAAAAUGUUUUGAUGCCAUCUCUAAGCUUGAGUUUGGUGUUCAGCAUUUCGCAGAAGGCAAGGUGACCCCUGAGUCAGCAGACAAACAGGGGGGAGUUCAAUAUACAAAUGAUAUCCUGGCAAUGCUAUCACCUGAAGGGGAAAAAGUAUCACUCGGAAAGGGCCUUAAAGCACGAGGUAAUGUGGAAGAUUGGCUAGGCAAAGUUGAGGAAGCCAUGUUCAGUAAUUUGAGGCGUUUAUGCAAAGCAGCCAUUGUGGACUAUGAAAGGAAACCAAGAGAGCAGUGGGUUGUUUCACACUGUUCCCAGGUUGUGUUAACCAUAUCGCAGCUGCAGUGGUGUCGUGAUGUCAGUGAAAUAUUAGAAGGGGAUUUUGACAGGCUGGAUGCAUUGAAGGAAUUUGAGCAGAAGAGUUUUUCUGACCUGGUAACGCUGGCAUCCAUUGUACGAGGUGAACUCCCAAAGCUGACUCGAGCUGUAUUGUGUGCUCUGAUCACUAUUGAUGUACACGCUAGAGAUAUGAUAACUGACAUGGUGAAGAAAGAGGUUGACCUGGUGACCAGCUUUGAAUGGCAGAAACAGCUCCGCUACUACUGGGAUCCAGAACUGGACAACUGUGUGGUCAGGAUGUCCAACUCCUUUUACGUCUAUGGUUAUGAGUAUCUGGGAGCAUCUCCUAGGCUUGUCAUCACUCCUUUGACAGAUCGUUGCUAUUUGUGUUUGAUGGGGGCGCUUCAGCUCGACCUUGGUGGUGCUCCUGCAGGACCAGCAGGCACUGGCAAAACUGAGACUACAAAAGAUCUGGCCAAAUCCUUGGCCAAACAGUGUGUGGUGUUCAACUGUUCUGAUGGUCUUGAUUACAAGAUGAUGGGUGGCUUCUUCUCAGGCCUGGCCCAGUCAGGAGCCUGGUGCUGUUUUGAUGAGUUCAACAGGAUCAGGUUCAUGUUUGAAGGUCGAGAGAUCAAACUGGUAUACACUUGUGCAGCCUUCAUCACAAUGAAUCCUGGCUAUGCUGGACGUACUGAGUUGCCAGAUAAUCUAAAAGCUCUGUUUCGGCCUAUUUCCAUGAUGGUGCCCGACUACACUUUGAUUGCUGAGGUCAUUCUGUACUCAGAGGGGUUUGAAUCUUCCAAGGGACUUGCUCAGAAGAUGACACAGAUGUACAAGCUCUGUUCUGAACAGCUGUCCCAGCAGGACCAUUAUGAUUUUGGCAUGCGAGCAGUCAAGAGUGUGCUGGUGAUGGCCGGCUCCUUAAAGAGACAAAAUCCUGAUAAGGCUGAAGAUGUGGUUUUGAUCAGAGCACUAAGGGACAGUAAUUUGCCAAAGUUCUUGACCCAAGAUGCUCUACUGUUCCAGGCCAUUCUGUCAGACUUGUUUCCUGGAGUUCACAUCCCAGAGCAUGACUAUGGUCAGCUAAAAGAAGAAAUGAUCAAUGUCCAGAUUGCCAAAGGCCUUCAAGUUGUGGAGAACCAAAUUGUGAAAGUGAUUCAGUUUUACGAGACCAUGAUUGUCCGCCAUGGUGUCAUGUUGGUUGGACCGACAGGCGGAGGGAAAACCACAAUAUACCAGCUUUUAGCUCAAACUCUUGAGAACCUACAUGCAAAGAAAGCUGGCAAUGAAUUUUACCAACCAGUACACACUUAUGUGCUGAACCCCAAAGCCAUAACCAUGGAAGAGCUCUACGGGGGAGUUGACAAACAGACAAUGGAGUGGAAAGAUGGCCUGAUGGGACUUACAGUCAGACAUGCUGUUCAGGACACCACAGAGGACCACCAGUGGAUUGUCUGUGAUGGCCCAGUGGAUGCUCUGUGGAUAGAGAACAUGAACACUGUCCUGGAUGACAACAAAAUGCUGUGUUUGGCAAACAGUGAGAGGAUCAAGUUCACCCCUUACAUUCACAUGUUAUUUGAGGUACAGGAUUUGGCAGUGGCCUCCCCUGCUACUGUUAGCAGAUGUGGCAUGGUGUACAUUGAUGCAGAAGAGCUGAAAUGGAUGCCAUAUGUAAAAACUUGGAUCAAGAAUUAUGAGAAUCGUCUGGCACCAGAGACCAUGGAGCUCUUACUUCUGCUGUUUGAAAAGUGUGUGGAGAAUGGCUUACAGUUCGUGAACAAGAAAUGUGAACAGGCUAUCAAUCAGGUGGAGAUCAGCAAGGUUGUAACAUUGUGUCAUCUGUUGGAGGCACUGAUUUUUCCAGCAAGAGGUGGGCUGGACAUGACCUUGGACAAGGGGAGACUCCACACGUUGAUCAUACAGACAUUUGUGUUCUCUUACCUAUGGGCAGUUGGCGGGAACCUGACAGAGAACUACUGGGAUCCUUUUGAUACCUUUGUUUACAGUCAGUUUGAUGACAUGCCUGAAGCUAAGCUGCCAAUCACUGGUGAUUUGUGGAGCUAUUUUGUAGACUAUGAAGCUCGGCGGAUGGAUACCUGGGAGAAAAUAGUCCCUAGUUUCAAGUACAGUCCUGAGGAAUCAUUCUUUGAGAUGCUGGUUCCCACAGUCGACACUGUUCGGUUUGGCUACAUCCUUGAAAAACUGCUAAGCGUCGGACGGCCAGUCCUCUAUACUGGUGGGACUGGUGUUGGAAAAUCUGUCAUCGCUAGAGGCCUGCUCGAGAGUAUUGCAGAGAGACAGAGUUAUGUCCCUGUGUUCAUCAAUUUCUCGGCACAAACCAGCAGCAGUAGAACACAAGAAAUGAUCGAGUCAAAGUUGGAGAAGAGGAAGAAAAAUGUUCUAGGUGCUCCGAAAGGAAAGAGGAUCAUCAUCUUCAUUGAUGACAUAAACAUGCCAAAACUGGACACAUAUGGCUCCCAACCGCCAAUAGAGCUGCUGAGACAGUACCAGGACUUCGGGGGACUUUAUGACAGAGAGACACUUCAGUGGAAGGAGAUUCAGGAUGUUACUCUAUCAGCUGCAUGUGCACCCCCUGGUGGAGGAAGAAAUCCGGUAUCCCCUCGGAUGUUCCGACAUUUCAGUAUGUUGUGUAUUCCUUCGCCAAGUGAACACAUCCUGAAACACAUGUUCAUGUCUAUCCUGAAUGGCUUCCUCGCGGACUUCCCUCAAGCUGUGAGACAGUGUACUGAAGCAAUAGUUGGAGCAGCGGUGGAGCUUUAUUUUAGGAUGAGUUCAGAUCUGCUCCCAACACCUGCAAAGUCCCACUACAUCUUCAAUCUCAGAGAUUUAUCCAAGUGUGUGCAAGGAAUGUUGCAGGCAGAUCCAGGUGUCAUUAGAGAUAGAUUGCAGAUAUUCCGAUUAUUUGUCCAUGAGACUCAACGCGUGUUCCAUGACCGCCUUAUCAGCCAUGAGGACAAGAUGUUCUUUCAUCAUAUCAUGUCUGAGAUGGCCAGUAAACACUUUGGAGAGUCUGUCGACCCAGAAUCCUUUGUCAGCCACCCAAUCAUUUUUGGAGACUUCAUGAAAAUGGGUACUCCCUCCACUGACAGGAUGUACGAGGAUCUCACAGAUAUUGCCAAAGUGAAAAGUGUCCUCAAUGAUUACCUGGAUGAUUACAACAUGCAGUCUUCCAAAGAAAUGAAGCUGGUGUUUUUCAUGGAUGCAAUAGAGCAUGUGUCUCGGAUCGUCCGCAUGAUUCAACAGGAGAGGGGUAAUGCUUUGCUGGUGGGGGUUGGUGGAACUGGCAAACAGUCAUUGACCAGAUUGGCUGCUCAUGUGUGUGGAUACCAGUGCUUCCAGAUUGAACUCUCCCGUGGGUAUGAUUAUACUGCCUUCCAUGAAGACAUCAAGAAACUGUACACUCUCGCUGGAGUUCAGAACAAACACACUGUCUUCCUUUUUACUGAUACACAGAUUGUUGUCGAAGAGUUUCUAGAAGACAUCAACAACAUCCUCAACUCUGGUGAGGUCCCAAAUUUGUUUGAGCCAGAAGAAUAUGAGAAACUGAUUAUUGGUUGUCGGCCAGGAGCCAAAGAAGCUGGUAUCCCAGAGGGCAACAGAGAUGCCAUUUAUGACUUCUGUAUCAGCAGGGUCAGAAACAACCUUCACAUUGUGUUGUGCAUGUCACCUGUGGGGUCAGCAUUCAGAAGCCGGUGCAGAAUGUUCCCAUCGCUUGUAAAUUGCUGCACCAUCGAUUGGUUCGUGGAGUGGCCCAAAGAAGCUCUUCUUGGGGUUUCCAAAUCCUCUUUUGAGAAUGUAGAUCUGGGAGCACAGAACCAUCUGAAGCAAAGCGUGUCUGAGAUGUGUGUAGACAUACAUAUGAGUGUGUCCAGCAUGGCUGACCGCUUCUAUCUAGAGCUGAAACGCCAUUUCUACACGACGCCGACCAGCUACCUGGAGCUUAUUAAUCUCUAUUUAACCAUGCUGCAGGAAAGGACAAGAUCCCUGAAGAACGCCCGUGACAGAGUCAAGAAUGGACUCACCAAACUCCUGGAAACAAACACUCUUGUUGACUCCAUGAAAAAAGAGCUGAUAGCUUUGGAGCCAGAACUGAAGAAGAAGUCGGCAGAUACUGAAAAAUUGAUGAAAGAUCUCAUAGUUGACCAGGAAAAAGCUGAUCAGGUACGUAAAGUGGUGAUGGAGGAUGAGGCUGUAGCAAAGGUCAAGGCUGAGGAAACACAAGCCAUUGCUGAUGAUGCCGAGAGAGACCUGGCAGAAGCACUUCCUGCCCUGGAGGCUGCAAUCAAGGCUUUGGAUGCCUUAGACAAAAAGGACAUUGCUGAAAUCAGAGUGUUUACCAAACCUCCUGAGCUGGUGCAAACUGUCAUGGAAGCCGUGGCAAUUCUCCUGAAUCAGAAAACUGACUGGGCCAGUGCCAAGAUCAUGCUGGGAGAUGCAAACUUCCUUAAGAAGUUAGCAGACUAUGACAAGGAUCACAUCCCAGAAUCAACACUGAGAUCGCUGAAGAAGUAUAUAGACAACCCUAAAUUUGUACCUGAUGCAGUGGAAAAAGUUUCUAAAGCUUGUAAAUCCAUGGUAAUGUGGGUCAGGGCUAUGGAUCUGUAUGCUAAAGUUUUCCGCACUGUUGAGCCAAAGCGAGUUGCGUUGGCCAAAGCUCAGCAGGAGCUAGACACAGUUAUGUCCCUGCUGAAGGAGAAACAGAGCAAGCUGGCAGCCGUAGAGGCGAAGAUUGCUCAGCUGCAAAAGUCGUAUGAUGAUAGCGUGGCUGAGAAGAUGAAGCUGGAAAGGAAUAUCGCAACAACAGCUGGUCGCUUGAAGAGAUCCUCAAAACUCACCACAGCCUUGGCUGAUGAACAGAUCCGCUGGAAGGAAAGCGUGGUCCAGUUUGAGGUUCAGAUCAACAAUGUGGUUGGUGAUGUGUUUAUCUCAGCUGCCUGUGUUGCCUACUAUGGUGCUUUUACUGCUAGCUACAGACAGGAGCUUGUACAAGGUUGGACUGAACAAUGUUUGCAGUUGGAGAUUCCAGUGACUGAAGGUAUGACCUUAGAAACAGUACUGGCAGAUCCCUUUGAAAUACGUCAGUGGAAUGCCGAUGGUUUGCCUCGUGAUCAGGUUUCUGUUGAGAAUGCCAUAUUGGUCACCAGGGGGCGACGCUGGCCACUGAUGAUUGAUCCUCAAGAGCAGGCCAAUCGAUGGAUCCGAAACAAGGAGUCCAAGAAUGGGUUGAAGGUCAUUAAACUGACAGACGGACAGUUCCUGAGAACUCUGGAGAACUGUAUUCGAACUGGUAUGCCUGUUCUGUUGGAGGAUGUUGAAGAAACCUUAGAUCCAGCUCUUGAGCCUGUCCUCCUGAAGCAAACCUUUAUGUCUGGUGGCCGCUUGCUUAUCCGUCUGGGAGACACAGACCUUGACUAUGACAGAAAUUUCCGUUUCUAUAUGACCUCCAAACUGUCAAACCCACACUAUUUGCCUGAAGUUUGCAUCAAGGUCACUAUCAUCAACUUUACCGUCACCAAGAAGGGACUAGAGAAUCAGCUUCUCAGUGAUGUUGUGCGUCUAGAACGACCUGACCUGGAAGAGCAGCGUAAUCAGCUGAUUGUCAGAAUCAAUGCAGACAAGAACCAGCUGAAGGCAAUAGAGGACAGGAUCUUGAAACUUUUGUUUGAAUCUGAAGGAAACAUACUGGAUAAUGUGGAGCUCAUAGAGGUCCUGAAUGAGUCCAAGGUGACAUCAGGAGUUAUCAAACAGCGUUUAACUGAAGCUGAAGCUACUGAAGAGAAGAUCAGUCGAGCUCGGGAAAAGUACAGAGUUGUUGCUGAGAGAGGUUCUGUCAUGUAUUUUGUGGUCGCUGAUAUGGGAGAGGUGGAUCCCAUGUACCAAUUUUCUCUCAAGUAUUUCAAACAG